AGCCACAGAUGUCACCUCCUCUUUCUCUCUCAGAGGGUUUUAUUUUGAAAGGCGGUACCGGAGGUGCUGCAGGUGACAGUGUCGGGCCAUUGACGUGUCCAGGUGUGUUCCUGCCAGCGGACAUGGGGCUGGUUUACUCUGAGCCGGCCUGUCAGUCAGCGUAUGACGGAGACCUCCAUCAGCUGUAUCACGUCCUCAUAGAGGACGCUAACCAGCUGAAUGUCCAGGAGAAGCAUAGCGGGGACACGCCCCUCAUCGCCGCCUGUCGUAAAGGACACGUGAGGACUGUACAGUACCUGCUGGAGAACGGGGCGGACGUUCACCUGACCAAUCAGAAACAGAGGACGUGUCUUCAUUAUGUGUCCCGGAGGACGUUCUCUCUGCUGGAUUACCUCAUGAUCGCCAUCCUCAUGCCCAUCCUGCUGCUCGGGUACUUCAUCAUGCUCCAGAAGCAGAGACAGAACGUGUCUCUGAUGGCGGCCGUGCUGAGCAGCAACGUCAACAUCGAUGCCGUCGAUUACAAAGGAAACACUGCUCUUCAUUACGUCUGUCAGAGGAAAAGUCAUCGUCUGGUUCCUCUGCUGCUGGAGAAAAACGCUGACACCAACAUCCAAAAUAACGACGGAGAGACACCGCUGGACAUCGCCACCAGGCUGAGGUUCAAGAAGAUUGUCAACAUGCUGAGGAAGACACAGUGACAGACAGACAGACAGACAGACCGACAGACAGAGGACAUUUAGUCUGUAACUGAGUCUCAGUGUUGUGUGAAAAAAAUCUUUCAUUGCAGGAAGAAAAACUUUCGACUUGUCUCGACCGUUUAUUUACUGAAUAUAUAUAAAUCUAUAAAUCAGUAACUGAUAAUUCAGAGUUCGAUCCUUAAGCAGGAAACUUCAAACUGCUCUUCCGAUGAAAAACACACUUUUAUUUUGACGGCCCUAAAUGACCAAAAACGAAUUGAAGUUUGGAGUUCAGUUAUCUGAGUUAAGAAGAAGGAAGUUCUUCUUUAACUGAAGCUGGUGGAAAAUAUUUAUCUGCUCCAAAGUUAGGGACUGUUCUUUACUUACGAGGGAGGAGAGGGAGGUGCAGAAAGGCAAACAACUGUAAAUGGCUGCAGUUUGUCUUCCAAAACAUGUUUGAAAGGCAUGUUUUCUUUAAAAAAAAAAUUUGAAUUUUUUUUUGGCAAUAAAAAGAAAAAUGGUGUUUUUUGUUUUGUUUUUUAGGUAAAAAUGCCUUUCAAGCCCAUCUCAGGUUGGCAAGACAUGUUUUCUUUAAAAACAUGUUUAAUUUUUUUUUCUUUAAACUUUAUUUUGCAUCUUAUGUUUAUUUUUGGCAAUUUUUUUUUCUUGAAAAGUUUUGGGAAAGUUGUUUUGCUUUUUCUUAAAGUUUUGGAUUUUUUAUUUUUUUUAAACUUUUUAAGGAAAACAUGUCUUUGCAAACCCACCUCAACCCGACCCAAUUUUUUGUUGUUGGAAUUGUUUUUGUUUGUUCUUAUUAUUAUUAUUUUGUAUUUUUUAAGCACUUGGGGAGGGACAUAUGUUUUUUAUUUUGGCUCAGAGGAGUGGCAUACAGAUUUAAAUGUCUGUAAUUUGUAUUUAUUUCACUGCUGAUUUUUACAGAAAACAUGCUGUUGUGUUGUUUGCAGACAUGUUUUCUGUAAAAAUCACCAAAAUUACACCAUGAAUCACAACCAGAAACUGUACAAACAGAAAUUAUUGUUGGAUUUUCAAAUUUCUGACGGUCCUUGGACACAUCAUGUGUGAUGAACGCUUACGUCAGAAAAAAGAACAUAUCUUAAAACAGGGUUAGUGAUAGUUCAUCAGAAUCACUUUAUUCUACGUCUCAUUUGAAAUUCGUCUAAAAAUAAAGUGUUUGAAUGAUGAGUGAAAAACUGAGACUUUUUCAACUUUAAACUUUCAAACAUUAAAAAUCUAUAAAAUCAUUUAUGGUGGAGGGAGGGUCAAAAUAAAAACAGCCACCCCUCUUCUGAUAAAUACAGAACAGUCCCUAAUCAUUUUUUUUUUUUUUUUUUGUGAAGCCAGGAUGAAAUAUUCUGAUUGAUUUAUUCAGUCGCUGUAAGAAAGUAAAGCUUUUCAGACUCAGUUAAAAACAGACAGAACUUAAGCAGAUGGAGAUUUUUGUAAAGUCGUCUUCAGUUUAUUGUUACAGGAUGUUUUUAAUGUGAUCAGAUGUUUCUGAUGUUUUUUUUUUUUUUUCAUUUCAUUUAAAGUGAAUUCUGAUUGUUAUUGAAUCCAUCUGUCUCUCUGGUUUUGUUAAACUGUUCAUGGUCAAACAUCAACAGUGAGCUAACUCUGUUAGCCUAGCUUAGCACAAAGACUGGAAUAACAAUAAAAUAUCCUCAUUUCUUCUUUCAGAUAAAUCAGACACAAAUAACUAAAUAAAAGCAGUAAAACUGUCAGAAGAAAAGAUGUGUAGAAACAGUCUGUAGAUAAAAGUGUAACAUACAGAUCAUCUUAUACAUUUCAAAUUCUACUUUUCUGUAUUUCAAAAUAAACGUGGUUAUUAAUGAAACAUAAACACUGUCGUUGUUUCUCAGAUUUAUUAGACAGUUUCAUCAAAAACUGGUUCAUAAUUAGCAAAAAUACAAUAGAUUAAGAUAUGUUGCUGAAAUUAUUUUAAAGCCAUUAUCUAAAUAAAAGUUUAGUCCCGCCCACGACAAUUCAAACCACAUAAUUGGAUAUUGCGUCCCCCCCAACAUUGAUUGACAGGUCCUUUAACUAAUACUUAACACGUAUUUAAAAUGUUGGAAACGUUUUGAGACGCUAACAUGCUAACAUCAACAUGAGCUGAGGUUGGAUGCUAACAUUAGCACCUUGUUGUAUUUUUUUAACCACGCUUCGAGCUGCAGUUCCUCUGAUGUCCACCAGAUGGUGCUGUGAUCAAACUCUGUUGAAUGAGAAAACCUCUGACGUCUCCCUACAAAAACAAAGUUCAGCUUUCAGCAGAUUCACUGAGCUUCUUCACACAUCUGUCUGACAGGAUUUUCACAAUAAAAGUUCUGUUAAUUACAAACUGAAGAAAAAAAUCAUACACAGGUUUGUUUGGUUAGCAUUAAAAAAACACGUCGGACAUAGAAACAAAUACACAGGUUUUUAUACAGAGUAAAACACAAAAUAAAACACAGAUAUAAACACAAGUGACUAUGUUCCAGCUGGUCACGUGACGGAUUAAUGAAAAAUUAAACAGUUUCGACUUGUUGAAAUAAAAUCUGACAUAAAAUCAAUAAACAGCUUCAGGAUGUUGUUUUUAGGUGCGUUCAUGAGCAGCAGGUCACAGGACGGACUGUUUCAACAGAUGAACUCCUCAAACACACCAACUGCUAACAUGCUAACAAUGAUAAUGCUAAAAGUGAUAACGCUAACAGAAAUAAUGCUAACUUGCUGAUGGUUAGCAUGCUAACAUUAGCUAAUAAGCAGUAAACACAAAGUACAGCUGAGACUGAUGAGAUGUCUUCAGUCUUCAGUGGUGGAAAGUACUUUUACUCAGAUACUGUAGUUCAGUAGUACUUGUACUUUAUUUGAGUAUUUACGCUUCAUGCUACUUUAUAUUUCUACUCCACAUUUCAGAGGGAAAUAUUAGACUUUUACCGCAUUAGUUUGCCUGAUAGUUACAUUUAUAUUAAAAAAAAACUGAUAUGAUGCAGAACUAUAAUAAUAAUAAUCCACCUAUUGGUAGAUAAAAUAUCUAAAACUGUCUCCACGUUGAUGAAGUACAAGUUAAAAUGCACUGAUUGGUGAAAAACUAAUAAAAUAUCAUAAUCUAUAAUAACGAAACAUUCUGCACAGUAAGUAUUUUUAUGUGUUAUACUUCAUGGGCAUUUUGCUUCAGCAUCAGUGUCAAAAAAUAUUCAGGCCAAUAAAGCUUAUUUGAGUUUAAAACAGACUACAUUUUUACUUUUAGUUUGAAAUUUGAGUAAAAACAGUAAAAACAAACAGUGUGAUGUGGCUGUAAGGUGUGUACAAUGUGUUUAAAUCCACACACACACACACACACACACACACA